AAUUUGGCAAUAAUUUGGCAAUAAUUUGGCAAUAAUUUGGCAAUAAUUUGGCAAUAAUUUGGCAUUUGGAGGCCAGCAGGAUGUGGUCCAGGAUAAAGGUACAGAGCUAAAUGGCCCAUCCUCAGGUUGUGUCUCACAGCAUGCAGAGCUGAAGGAAUGGUCCAUAGGGACAGCUGUGCCAGAGGGAGGAGGGACUACCAGGAAUCAUCACUGCAAACUACUUGGAUGAUGUGAGCAACUGGAACCAGUACAUGGAUUCAUUCUCUUCAGGUGAGUUCCCUGAGCUGCCUUUCCCUGGGAACAGAGCAGCUGCAGGGCUUGGGGGAUUUGCCAUUCCCUUUGGUUUGCUUCUUUUCCUUUACAUCCAUCUCCUGCUGUAAAGUGGAAGCUGGAAUGGUGUCAAAUGAAGCCUUGUGUUUUGUUGGUUUGCUGUUCCAUCAGCUGCUUCUCCUUCUGUUUUGCGAGAACAUGAAAUUUUCUCCGUGAAAACAGCACGUGGGAUCCUACAGCCAAAAUCUGAUCCGGCUCUGGAAGUUAUUAUCCACAGUCAGACAAACCUAAGCUCUAGUUCUGCAGAGGAAAUAUGAAGAUACUCUGAUGGCUGAACUAAAGGGGUAGAAAAGCGUGAGUUUCUACCUUGGAAUUUUGAACUGCACCUUGGAAUUUUGAGCUGGACCAGUGGUAACUCCCAGCUCCUGGGAAUGGGGCUGCCGAGGAGUGUGUGCCUCCUCCUGGGAGCUGAUCACACUGCAGGGACUACUUGUUUUAACCCAGCAUCUUCAUUCCUUUCCCAGUAGGAAAACACCUAAAAAACCUCUCUGUGCUUUAUUUUCACUUUGUCUUUCCUGAGGAGAAAGGAAAGCUCCGGAUUUAAACAGACAGGGAACAAAUGGGAAUUUGUGUCAGUGCCACAUAAGGAAGUGAAAAAAUCACCCUUGAUAAGGGCACUUUUUAUGUCACUGUGUGGUUGAGGGGGCAAAACUGGCACUGAGAACCUCUUUGUAGACCUACCCUGGGUUGGUUUCCUUGUGCACAGUUAUCCAGCUCCUCCCAGGAGAACUGACCCUCUGCCCCAUGCCCCAGCCUCCUGCCAUCCCAGCAGUCCCCAAAUAGACAUCCAGGGGCCUGUUCCAGCCACCUGCUCACUGCCUGUGCUGAGUGGCCAAGGGACUGUCCCUGUCCCUGCAACAUCCAUCAGUUUUGACUCCCGUGCUGGAGUUGCUGGGAUAAAAAAACCCCAAAUAUUUCCUGCUGGUUCUUCUGACGGACUUGGAGGGGUCUAAAGAAAUGUCAGUCCAGCUCUGAUUGGUGUGAGAGACUGUCUGAAAACGCUCCAGGAAAUAGGGGUUUUCUGGCUUUAUUUUGGAGAAAUUCACAAGUGUUCACGGGGAAUUUGGAAGCCAAAACGAGUGUUUGCUUAUGUGACUUGAUAAAACAGCUUUGCACAACAGUCUUGAUGGCUUGAACACUGAAAUAUUUGAAUUAUAUGCCGCAGUUAACUGUGCCAGUUAAUCUUUGCUGCAGUUAACUGGAGUGAGAAAAUCCCAGCUGGCUCGUCCUUCCCCUAUGGAAUAUUUUAUGUGUCAGUGGGAGACCGUUGGCAUCUCUGUGAUCCUGCAGCAGGACACAGGUUCAGUCAGAUGCUGAUCAUUUGCUCCAAGGUUAAAGGUCAGCUGAUGCCUCAUUAAAGCAGCUGGAGGAACCCUCAUCCAGAGAGAUUCAUUAAAACAAGGAGCCAAUUACUUGGCGGGAAGCUGCGUGUGCUGGUGAGACGUUGGCAUUAAAUUCCAUGUUGGGGACUUCAGAAACUUUUGCAGCAUUCCAACAUUAAAAGCUUUUCAGUUCACUAAGUUGGAAUACAUCUGCACGUAUUAAAAUGUUCAGCUGUCGUGCCACUGUCUCGUGCUCUGGGAUAAACACCCCUUUUUAGCACAGGUGCUGCAAACUUUAAAUAAAUGCAAGCAGACAGGUCCCCAGCUUUGUGCUGGGAGCACAGAGCAGUGCCAAGGUUAAACCAGUCUGCAUUUCAGUUCUUCCUGACACUCAUCUGUGGGUAAAGGCCUCGUGCUGUAUUUGUGUGGAUACUGAUAUUAAUUUGCAGCCCACAGCUGGAAAACUGAAUUAUGCACGCACUUGGAAGUUUCCCUUGACAAACAGCUACCAUAAACCCAUUGCAAACCAUGUCUGUUUGUUAAAAUUUAGGUCAGGAUUCAAUGAAGAAAUCUUUCACGAAUUUAGAAAUCACCUAAACCAAGGUCUUGCUUUUUGGGUGUAAACAAACUUUCAGGUUUAUCUCAUGGAUGUUUUGGAUGAUAAACGUGUCUGUGAGGGACUGUACACUCCUGUUAUUGCAGGUUUAACUACGUAUUUUGUUCUUUGCUUAUUCUUUUUUAAUUUUUACUGUACCUUUUUCCAUUCUAUUCCAGGUUGGCCUUGACCACAUGGAAUAAAACACAGUGCUGAAGUCCAACGUGACACAAGAAGCUGGUGUAUUUAUUUUUCUUUUUCUUUGAAAUGUAGGUAAAUUGAAUCCCGAUGAGGUCCCGUAUUAAUGAUUUACAGACAAAAACCCAGAUCUUAAAAGAGAGGGAAGUGGCAAUAAACUGACCCCGUGGGAUCUGCAGCCAUGUCUGGAAAGCCAGUGUGCAUUGGUGAUUUUGAGGAGUAUGCUAAAGCAUUCCUCCCCAAAUCCGUGUACGAUUAUUACCGAUCCGGGGCGGAUGACCAGGAAACGCUGGCAGAUAAUGUGGCAGCCUUUUCCAGGUGGAAGCUGUACCCGCGGGUGCUGAGGGAUGUGUCGGAGAUGGACGUGUCCACCUCGGUGCUGGGGCAGCGGGUGUCGGUGCCCGUGUGCGUGGCCGCCACCGCGAUGCAGCGCAUGGCUCACCCCGACGGGGAGACGGCCACUGCCAGAGCCUGCCGGGCCGUGGGGACGGGGAUGAUGCUGAGCUCCUGGGCCACCUCUUCCAUCGAGGAGGUGGCCGCAGCAGCGCCGGGGGGCCUCCUGUGGCUGCAGCUGUACGUGUACCGGGACCGGGCGGUGGCGGAGUCCCUGGUGAGGCGGGCGGAGCGGGCCGGCUACAGCGGCAUCUUCGUCACGGCCGACACGCCCUACCUGGGCCGGCGCCUCGCCGACGUGCGCAACAAGUUCCAGCUCCCUCCAAACCUCAGAUUAAAAAACUUUCCCGGCAGCGACCUGGCGUUUUCCUCAGGGAAAGACUUUGGAGAGAACAGCGGGCUGGCCGCGUACGUGGCUGAGACCAUUGAUCCAAGUCUCAACUGGGAGGACAUCAAGUGGCUUCGGGGGCUCACCUCGCUGCCCAUCGUGGUGAAAGGCAUCCUCAGGGCUGAUGAUGCUAAAGAAGCUCUAAAGAUUGGGGUAAAUGGUAUCCUGGUGUCAAAUCAUGGAGCACGACAGCUCGAUGGGGUCCCUGCAACUAUUGAUGUGCUGCCUGAGAUCGUCGAGGCCGUGCAGGGGAAGGUGGAGGUGUUCCUGGACGGCGGGGUGAGGAAAGGCACCGAUGUCCUCAAGGCUCUUGCUCUUGGUGCCAGAGCUGUGUUCAUUGGAAGACCUCUGCUCUGGGGGCUGGCUUAUCAAGGUGAAGAAGGAGCAAAAGAAGUUCUCCAGAUGCUGAAGGAGGAGUUUCGCCUGGCAAUGGCGCUGACAGGAUGCCGGAGAGUAGAAGAAAUCAGCAGGACACUGAUCCGAAGACAUCAAGUGUUGUCUUCCAAGAUUUAGGUCUGAAGACUUUGCCUCGUGUGUUGCCCGUUCUGCUUCCAGACAAAACCCAACUGUGUUUGCUCUGUGGGCCUCCUCCUGCAAUCCUGACUGAGAAGGCACAGCCUGUAGGACAUCACUUCCUGAAGAAAAUACUCAAAGCAAAUUUUACAGGUGUUUCCAAACGUUUUAGCUCUUAAGGAAAGCUGCUGUACUGGGAGGUGUGAUUAGAGAUGGGUCUUGGUACAAGACUGGCACAGGAACUUCAAGGGGUUUUGCAACCAAUGCUGAUAUUAAUUUCUGUGCCUGGGAGUAACUCAGCUGUUAAAAUGAAAUUAUAAACAGGAAUGUUUUGACAGCAAACAGAAAUGCUGAAAUUUAAAAUGCAAAAGAUACUUCUUGCUCACUGUUUAGAGAAACUAGACUGGAGAUUGCAGAGAUUAAAUCUUGCUUUCUUAUGAACAGAGUGUCAUUUGCCUGGUGACUGUGCUAGGACUUUGUAAGCAGCUGGGCUUGUAGCACGUCAGCUGUAGGAGCUCAGAGGAUUCUUAGUUGUAAAGAACCAAAGAACAAAGCAAAACAGGGGAAAUUCUGCUGUUUAAGUGGUACAAGCCCCUUUGCAAUCAGGCAGCUGUUCUGUAUGUGCAUUGGACAUAGGUCAGAUCCUUGGAUGAUGCAAAUCCUCGUAGCCCAAACCGUGCCGGCUGCACCCAGCUGGAGCUCAGAGUCACAUUUCUCACCUGGAUUCAUUUGCUGACACUGGCAAGGGAAGGCUGAUGCUACCUGGGAGAGUUUGCAGGAUUUGCAACCACGUGCAAAAGAGCAACUUGAAUAAUUGAGGCAUUAACCCAUGGCUUGGGAAGGUCCCUGUGGCUCUACUCAGUGUCCACGAACACCCCUCAGACAGAUACAUCUUGGUCUUAUUCACUCUGCAUAUGAGGAGGAUGCAGAGGUACCCAGGACCUGCACCUCUGUUCCCUGAACAAUCCAAAUACCCUCUGCAGUCAGGAGAAAUUUGGCAAUUAUAAAAAGCCAAGUAGGUAAGACUCCAUUAUUCUCACCUUGGGUAAAACUAAGGCUGGCUCUUCACCUGUCUCACUUGUGGUGCAGGUGUUAAAGUGUUACUGGGAGCAGGGAGAGGCCACUGCACAAAGGUUUUGAAUAUCUUGUUGUGGAAAUUAAGUGUUCAUUUUUAAGGGAGAUUAAAAAGAGAGUAAAAAGCCUUAAUUUCGUGGUUUCACUGAUGUCAGAGGCUCCACCAUUUGUUCCCCAUCAGCCCCAGAAGGACUCGAGCGUUCUGACUCUCCUGUUUGAAAUAUCCCUCAGUGAGCUUUGGAGGCAGCUCUGUAAGAAAAUGAUGGAAUAUUCUAAUGUGAACUAAAGCUGGGGCUGGAACUCAAAAUGGGGAGAAAACCCAAAAGGCCACAUGCUUGCCCUGCAGUUGUAAAAAUCUGUGCUCUUAUUUACUCCAGAACGGGGUGUGUUGUGCGAGGGUUGCGUAGCAACAAAAUAAAGUUUAUCUGUGCAAGGAAA